AUGAACACACAAACCGGUUCAUGUAAAGCAUUGGCCACAAAACUCACCAUAUUAACAGAGGGAAAUAUUGCCACGCUUAAACUAAGCAACUACGACACGAGUAAUGGCACUGUGGUAGUCAUCUCGUGCUAUACGCCCUCGUACCAGGUACAGGGAAACUCACGGGUCACAUGUGUCAACGGGUCGUGGCAGCCAGCACCCCCCGAUCCAGACUGCGUGCCCAAGCCAAGCGUGACCCCAACAACCCCUGCUUACAAUAACACACAACCGAACAGUGCCCAACCUGCCCUUGGCCCCUACGACACGGUUGUUAUCAUCACGUCCUGCAUGCUGGCAGUGAUAGUCAUAUUCCUGUUGGCUCUUCUAUUGUACAAGUGUUGUACGUGCCGUUCAAAACCUAGCAGCAACACAUAUGAACUGCCACGAUCCACCACAUCCACACUUCCACUGUUCACCACACAAACAGGAUCGCACGUCCUGCAGUCAUCCUUCCCUGGAAGCCAGCGUUCGUGGACCUAUCUCAGCGUGGAUCGACUAAUCCGAGACAUUGAAACAUCCCGGAAAGAGAACCCCAACCAUAACUGGAGGGACUUUGCUUCAAUCUCUUCUUACUCUACAAAACGGUUGUGA